UUAUACUUUCUUGUUUAGAAUAUGUAUAUAGACUGUUAAUGUAUGAUUUUAUAUGACAAAGUUCAUAGAAAGUAUUAUGGUGUUACACAAUAUUUUAAUCUUUAUUAUGAAGAUAUGGACAUUAAUUGGAUGUUUACUUCGAAAAAAUAUGCGAGCAAUAAUUCAGCAUCAAACAAUCAAGUAUGAUAUAUAUCCUCUUUCAACCAUUUCAGUUGAAAGGCUAAGACUUGUACCUCGCAAAGUUAUGGUUUUAGAUCUUGAUGAAACACUUAUCCAUUCUCAUCACGAUGGUUUGGCAAGACCAAGUGUCAAGUACUCAACACCUGCUGAUUUUGUUUUAAAGGUUACAAUAGACAGACAUCCUGUUCGUUUCUAUGUACACAAAAGGCCACAUGCUGACUUCUUUCUUGAUAUUAUUGGUCAGUGGUUUGAUUUAGUUGUGUUUACAGCAAGUAUGGAAGUUUAUGGGUCUGCUGUUGCUGAUAAACUUGAUAGAAAUAAAGGAAUUUUAACUAGAAGAUAUUAUAGACAACAUUGUAAAAUGGAUAAUGGGGCGUUUUCAAAAGACUUAACUGUGAUCAAUCCAGAUCUAUCAAAAAUAUUUAUAUUAGAUAACUCUCCUGGUGCAUACAGAGGCCAUCCAAAUAACGCGAUUCCCAUCGUUUCAUGGUUUGCUGAUCCUUCUGACACAGCUUUAUUAAAUUUAUUACCAAUAUUGGAUGCUUUGCGUUUCACUAAUGAUGUUCGAUCUAUACUUAGUAGAAAUCUUCAUAGACCUAUUUUAUAAUUUGGUUUAAUUCUUGAAAUAUAUAUUUUAUACUUA